AUGGCACGAAAGGUUUCAUUGCCCGUCAUGCUCCAAAUCGUUUGUGAGAAAAGCGCAUAUGUUGCGUCAUCAACAGCAACGUCAAUGUUGCACAAAGACCGUUCACAUGCACCUUUUGCUCCAAGUGCUUCAAGCGAAGUGACGUUCUUCGGGCGCACCAAUUUAGGUGUAAAGAGCGAGGAGAGGCACCGGUCCCAGAAGGGCAGAGCAAAGGCCGGAAAAGAUCAUCAUGUCAAUCCUUCGAGUCCACAGAAGCCACAGAAUCCCGGCAGACCGAAAAGCCGUGAUGCAAUAUCGAUCCAUCAUCUUCUCAACGGGCCGGAAGGUGACGACUUUGUCGGACGCUUCCCAAUUCGUGACAAUGCGGAAGCUUUGGUUGGCGAAGAUGAUGACGCUGCGAUCGCCGAAGCAGAGGAUUCCUCUGAAGCUUCCCAUUGGAGUGAAGACUACGAGCGAAACGACAUCUUCGUCGGAGCGGACAUGGCUGAUUUCGGCGUUGCUUUCGAUACCUUCCUUGGAGGAUUCGAGACCAUGACCUUCGGCUCCUUUCCCCUGCCUCACGAUAUGUCUCAGAUCACCAGCUGUGGCGGAGUGGCGUCUGGAACGGCCCUGGCCCUUGAGCCCCGCGCCUACGAAGUUAGGCAGCUACUGAUGGCAACAGCGUCUAGGCUUGCCCUGGACUAUCCCGAAGAUCCAAACAUAGCACAUUUGGGUGCCGCCAUCCAGCUUCUCACUCACACCGAACUGGAUCAUUGUGUCAACCUGUACUUCGCCAACUAUCACCGCCACUGUCCUAUACUACAUCCGCCGUCCUUUCAACCUACCAUGGUCCCAAUAGCUCUCCUGCUCAGCACGGCUGGCCUCGGGGCUAUGUAUUCUUCCGAACCUGCAAAGGUGGCAUGGAUGAAGACUUUGUUCGAUGUGAUGGAGGCAUAUAUCUUCAACUUACCGGGUAUAAGGGAUGAAAUGACCGGUAGUUUCGAGCUUUCAAAGGCUCCGGACGAGGACACUCUCCACUACCAGUUUCAGAUCUUCCAAUCAGCAUAUUUGAUGGUGGUUAUGCAGUUUUUCUCGGGCAACUUGGCUGCAAGACGGAGGGCAAGGCGGCAACGGUUCUGUCAGGUUUUGAGUCUCGCUCGAUCGUUUGGACUUCCGACAGCACAACAUCCAAGUAUCGUCUCAAUACCAGAUGAAAUCUCAUUCCAACGUUGGGUACGGAAUGAAACCCGGAUUCGAACCAUGAACAUCAUGCUGGCAUUAGACUCGGCCAUGGGAAUCUUCCACAACUGCCCCCCACGAAUCAACUACUGUGAACUGGAUCUGCAGAUGCCCUGUCUUCCAGAAUACUUUGAGUUGUCAUGUUACUCGGAAAUGUUGCAACGGUCAAUGUUUCCUCGCACUCGGAUGAAAUUGAUUGAUGCCUUCCAGAGACUCUUUGCUCCCCCCGAAGAGCUCAAAUUUGCCUUUCAAAACGAGAUGCUGUGCUGUUGGGAUAUGCUUUACUUGAUUCACGUGCUGUUCACUCAUUGUUGGCUACAUCUAUUGGGAAAUCCGCUAAACCGCGUAUCGCCUUCCUCACUCGCGUGUGCGCCGUCCAACAUUUUUGAACCGAUGAAGACCGCUCUAGCCAAUUGGAAAACGUUAUGGGAUGAAGCGCGUGGUCGGAGGCCAAUCUCGCAGGUCCGUGAGAUCGGUUUCGAAACAUCCGCCGAUAGCUACUGGACUCUUACGAGACUGGUUGUGCAAAAAUUCGAAAUGUCUGUUGAGAAUGGCGCCACCAACUCAUCCCCGAUGACGACGUCGACUUUUGGCCUUGAUUUCAUGCCCCUGGAGGCUGAUUGCGAUAAUCAGGGCGCCCAUCUGAGGAAGAUCCUGAGAAAAUGA